AUGUCGACUUCCGGUCAGAAACUCAAGGUUGCUGCCAUCCAGGCUGAGCCUGCAUGGAACGAUCUCGAAGGGGGUGUCACCAAGUCCAUCGCCCUCAUUGAGCAGGCUGCGGCGCAGGGAGCUCAGGUUGUCGGCUUUCCCGAGGUCUUCAUUCCCGGAUACCCAUGGAGCAUCUGGGCACAGAACCCCAUCGACAAUGGAAAAUUCAUGGAUGAAUACUUCCGCAACUCCCUAGCAAAGGAUUCGCCCGAGAUGAAGCGCAUCUGCGCCGCCGUCAGGGAGGCUGGCGUCUUUGUCGUCCUGGGCUACAGCGAGCGAUACAGGGGUACCCUCUACAUUGCUCAAUCAUUCAUCGACGAGAACGGAGUCAUUGUCCACCAUCGCCGCAAGAUCAAGCCCACCCAUGUCGAGCGGGCCUACUGGGGCGAUGGCCAGGGCGAGUCUCUCCAGAGCGUGGUGCCCAGCUCCAAGCUCCCUGAUGUCCGAGUCGGAGGUCUCAACUGCUGGGAGCAUACCCAGACUCUCCUCCGAUACUACGAGUACGAGCAAGACGUCGAUGUGCACAUUGCCAGCUGGCCACCUCUCUGGCCGACGCCUAAGAAGGACGGAAAGCCCGACCCCGCCUGGCCAAGCCACAUCACAGACGAGAUGUGCCUCCGCUUCUCUCAAAUCGUCUCGCUCGAGGGUGCCUGCUUUGUCGCAGUCGCCACGCAGGUCCUCACCAAGGAGAGCCUCAGGCGAUGCAGAGUCGACCAAUUUGAGUAUGCAACAAACCACCCCACCCAUGGCGGUGGUUUCAACCCGUGGGGAGAGGAGCUUGUGGAGCGUCUAGACCCAAGUGAGGAGGGCAUCCUCAUCGCCGAGGUUGAUCUAUCCCUGAAGCGGCUUGCCAAGCAGAAUCUGGAUGUCGUCGGUCAUUACUGCCGCCCAGACCAGCUGAGCCUGCGCGUGAACAAGUAUCCCGCCCGCGCCGUGCACUACACCAGCGAACCCUAG